UUUAGAUAAUUUAUUUAAAGUAAUGAAGGCUUUUAUAUUUUGACUCUUUCUCAUUGGAGUCCUUGCAAACAGUCAAGAAGAAGCCAAAGAAUGGGAUCUAGAAGUGUAUAACCAGCAACAGCUAUGAUUUAAAGACCUGAAGCAAUUUGACAACAGGAUCUUCAGUGUAUCAGAGACAGAAAACACUUUGCUUAGAGGAUUCGAUCAAGAUAAUGCUGAGCUCUUGCUUAAAUAUCUGAACAGCUUCCACUAUUCAGGAAUUUCAAAGAUGAUGGCUGAUUACUUUCCGUCUGGUGAAGUUGGAACACUUAAGAAAACCAAAAUUAAUGCAAUUACAUUGAUGGAAAAUACGACGCUUCCAGAUACUCUUUUCAUUGGUUUCGGUGUAGAUGACAACAAGGAUGUGUCCAAAGCCAACCCUCUUGCUUUCAAAGUGAUCAUUGCUGUUCAAAAUGUGGAUAUGGUUAAUCCAGUGAGUUUGGAAUCAUACGACUACCACGGACUCAAACUCAAGUCUUACAAGGCUCUUUGAUAUUAUUGCUCAAGCAAAAUCACAGAACCAGCUCCAUGUAAAGUUAGCAUGGCUUUGAAGACCUGGGGAGGCUAUAGUGAGGCCAAAAUAGAAGCUUCAGUGAAUUCAAAGCUGAUUAUGUCUGAGAUCAAGACUUCCUUUAAAAGUGAUUUAAAAGGAGGAAGUGCAUAUGAACUUAGCUUUCUGAGUGAUCUUUUGUUCACUCUGAUAAGCUUUGUACCUAUCAUUGGAGCAUGUUUGAUCCCCAUUGGACAUGAGGGCAAUUUGUAUAAUAUUGAUAAAGGAACUAGCAGAGAGAAGGCUAUAUAUUUGAUAACGAGAAUGCCUUUUUACUUUUACGGGUUGUUCACAAUAAACACUAUUUGGUUGCACAUGUUUAGCAAUGCAGCAAACCAAAGUAUGCUAAUUGGAAUCAUACUUAUCUUGCUUAUCGGUCUGUAUAACUUUGCUGCUUUCUUUGUAUUGCCUGCUUCUGUAUUUACAUUUGAAAACUUGAAGCGCUUCUUUGAUGGAAGAGAUUUUUCAGAUAUGAGAACUGGUGUGAUAUGCUUCUGUAUGAUUCUAUUUUACCUCAUAGUCACGAUAAGUGGAUAUUUCAAACUUGUGAUGUUCUCAAGAGUGACAUUUAUAAUGUUAAUGUUCCUUCUACCAGUGAGUUUUGUUUCCAAUUCAAUACAUAAGUCAACCUACUAUGAAAGCUUCUUUCAUUUGAUUGUGAGCUCUUACAUUGCCUUGUUUCCAUUUACUCCAUUCGGGCCGUUCUACUACUCAUCCGAUGACGAGCUUUGGGUGAUGUAUUUCUUUGUGUCGCAGGUGGUUUGAAUUACACUGAUCAACAUGCAAGCAAAGUUUGGGAGCAGAUUCAUACUUCCGAGUUGAUUCAGACAAAAGUACUACGACACUUUUAAACGUGAGAUCAAAAUUACAAUGGGAGGAGAAGACAUGAAGGAUGCUUGCAAUUUCUGCACUAACUUGCUCACAGAGCCUGAAGCAGAGCAUCAUGACUCAAAACAGAGCUUCAAGUUUGAAAGAAUGAAGAAUGGCAAACAAGUGUACUACAAGUUGAAUUGAGGACAUCAGUUUCAUCCCAACUGUAUUCUUGUACAUCUUCAAGCAAAAAGCGAAUGACCAGUUUGAAACCUGUAUGUUGGAAAAAAUAGAUUCAUGGACUAAAUCUCGAAUAAAUACUUCCACAUUUUAUGGGUCUUG